UCUAGAGAUUUGGACAUACACGGUUUUAGGUUUCGCACAAUUAUCGGACUCGCAGUGUCAUCUUACGGUUUUCUAAAACAUCAUAAAGACCAAUGUAAAACAAUAUCGAUAAAGUAGAGUGAUUGGAAAUAACGUAGUUUAUUAUAUAUAUAUAUAUAUAGAUAUGUUUUGAUUAUGCUGUUGGCUAUAAAAGGUUAAGACUGUCAAAUAUCAAUUAUGCACAAAUGCAUAAUCUUUUCGGAGUUGUACAUUAUUAAUUGUCUUCCAUGGCGGUUUUGCAUCGCGCCUUGUUCACGUGGUUCAAUUUGCUCAUAUUCUUGGUCCUGCUCGUCCUGAGACUCGACCAGAGAAUACAAUGGAACUGGUUCAUAGUUUUCAUUCCAAUGUGGCUCUACGACAACAUUCUUCUUAUUUACAUCGUUUUUAACAUGAUCUCACACUGCAAGAACGGACGUGUCAGUAGUUUGCAUAAAGAGGCAUGGUAUAUGACAGCUGUGCUCCUGAAGCUAUGUGCUCAGAUCCUGAUUUGUUUGAAAUUAGAGGCACCUCAUUGGUUACUACCAGCUAAAGUGGUAUUGGCACCCUUUUGGCUGCUCCUUCCAACAUUAGCAAUUGAUGUCUUUAUCCAUUUGAUACAUCAAUCUAGAUAUUGACUAUGGAUAAAUCUCAGCUUGCUUCAAGUUAUUUAAGAGCUUGUAUGUAUAGUUAUGUUAAUAAAAUAUUAUUUUAUUGAUAUUAUCAUUACUUGCUGUAUAAAAUCAAAUAUACAAUUCCAUAUAUGCUUGUUGCUUUAUAAAUGGCUUAUUGUUAGUUUUUAUUCCAACAUUCUUACUGGAUAUUAUCCAGUGGAUAAUAAAGUAUUGGGUGUUGUCACACAUACAUACAUAUUAAUUUAUAUUGAUUAUAUAAAAAUAUACAAAUAUAUUAUAUAUCUA